AUGUACGAGAAGGUGCACCAGUGCCAACCGGACCUCUGGUUGAGCGCACCCAGACACGCCUCACCUGUCAUAGGAGAGGGCUGUGCCCCUCCCUUGCCCUUCAGGCCUGGCUCUGGCACUGUGAAGAACGCCCUAUUCACAGGCCGCACAGCCCUCAGCAGUCGCUUUCUCUAUUUUGAUCUUUGGGCAAGAGAGCCUGAAGUGGAGCACAUCCUCUCAGGCAGGAACAGCAACGGUAACCAGCGGGCAAGAAGCAGAGCCUCGCAAGAACGGACCUCCAGGCCCAUCGGGGUGAGGGCUCUGGGAGAACAAGACCCCCACGCUCAGUCUGUCUGCUGUGAGGCCCCGCAACAGACUGUUCCAGGUCAAGGUCUUGGAAAACCUCGGUUUCCGCAAUACACGAGCGCUCAUCCUCUCGCGGCCCAGUUAAACGCUCAGCUGACUCAGGGCUCCCACACGAAGGAAAGAAUGUUCUCCAAGGGGCAUCCCUGGAGACAAGUCUGUGACCGUGCACUACAUUUGGUGACUCUCAGUCCAUUCUGGAAGGUGGGAAGGGAGUCAGCCAGCAGCGUUAAAGCCCUACUGUGUGGCAGGGGAGAAGCUAGGGAAGAUCCCCCAUGUUCUGCCUUCAAUGAUAUUGCCCAAUACUUCUCUAAGAAAGAAUGGGAAAAGAUGAAAUUCUCGGAGAAAAUCAUCUAUGUGUAUAUGAAGAUAAACUAUGAGGCCAUGACUAAACUAGGUUUCAAGGUCACCCUCCCACCUUUCAUGCAUAAUAAACGGGCCACAGACUUCCAGGGGAAUGAUUUUGAUAAUGACCAUAAUGGCGGGAAUCAGGUUGAAUGUCCUCAGAUGACUUUCGGCAAGCUCCAGAGAAUCCUCCCAAAGAUCAUGCCCAAGAAGCCAGCAGAGGAAGGAAAUGAUUCAAAGGAAGUGCCAGAAGCAUCUGGCCCACAAAACGAUGGGAAAUAGCUGUGCCCCCCGGGAAAAGCAAAUACCUCUGAGAAGAUUAACAAGAGAUCUGGACCCAAAAGGGGGAAACAUGCCUGGACCCACAGACUGAGUGAGAGAAAGCAGCUGGUGAUUUACGAAGAGAUCAGCGACGCUGAGGAAGAUGUCGGCUUCAGGGAUAUAACACAUGCCCGUGAUGAGAAGCAGACCUUGGUGACCUUUCACGAACAUGGGCAUGGCUGUGGACCCCUUGCCAUCAGGAUUCUGCAGCAGGUGGUUGGGCAUCUUGGCCUUCGCUCUCUGAACAAUUUUCAAGUUAAAGAUCUGGGACCAUCCAUUUGGGAGUAUGUGGGAGGAGACACAGAUGAAAUCAUCAUCUGGGGAACGUGGAGGAAUGAGGAAGAUGCGUGCACGGUAGACCCUGUGAUGGACAGCGAAUAA